AUGUCCGCCACACCGGUAUCCCCCACUCCGGUGGAACCUAACGAUGCCGACGACGAACCCGUUAUGCCUUCGUUCCAUAUCCCCAUUCGAUCAUCCAUCCAAUUUCCCGACAACGACAGUCUGCACCAUGCGCGAUUCAUUGAAAUAUUUCCGGAAGAAAUGAGAGAUACCCCCGUCUCGACACUCCUGCAUGUGUUGAAGGACGAAUCGGCCGAACUGUCGACUUGGGCCGACGCCGGAUGGCACUAUAUGGUACAAAAAAAGAACCGCGAGAGCUUGACCAUUCUGGAAGAAGCCUGCGACACCACCGCUGCUACAACAACAACGACACCAAGCAACGACGUGGACAAGACGGAACGCGUGCGCAUUCUCGCCGCGACCGGGAUUGCACACUUGUCCAGUAACGGAGCCGCCGAUGCCACUUCCGGCAACACCGCCAAACGUUCCAACGUCCUCGAUGAAGCUCGCCAACAGGCCGAUCAAAAGUUUACCCAAGCGGGAAAGAUUGAUCCCUUCUUUCCCAUGACCUGGAUUGGCCGCGGUAUGCUCAAUUUGUGGCAAGGAAAACACGAUCAGGCGACAUUUUUCUUCCAAACCACCUUGAAGCAAUGUGGCCCCGUUUUGCCGGCCUUGCUCGGCACGGCUGCCGUGUCUUUUGCUCAAGGAGACUACACCGCGGCGCAAACGGCGUACGGACAAGCGCUCCGAAAGUACCCCCAUGCCAGUGGGGCCGCCUCCCGCGUAGGAUUCGGACUCGCCUCCUACGCACUCGGACAAGUCGACCGCGCCAAAGCAGCCUUUCGACGAGCCACCGCCAUUGAUCCAGAAAAUGUGGAAGCCAUGGUCGGUACGGCCAUUCUCGAUAUGGCCAGCGUCGACGUGUCGGACAAAGACUACGCCGCCAAAAUGGAAGAAGCGAUCCGCGUCAUGUCCAUGGCCAAUCUACUCAAUCACGAAAACGCCAUGGUGCAGAAUCAUUUGGCGAAUCACUACUUUUGGAAAUGGACUCCUGUGAACGGCACGGUGGAAGUGACCAAAGGAUCGCAGUUGGUUCAAAUGCCGUCGCAAGCCGUGCCCUUGGAACCGGGAGAACGUAUACGGAUCGGAACCAAGUUUGAAACCACCGUUCAAGAUGUUGAGGACGAUAGUAACAACAACACGGCUUCGACGUUUACCGUUACCGACAGUUGGAGCGAAGGCUCCGCGACUGGCCUCAAGGUCUGGAAGAAGGACUACGAUCGCGUAAUUGCCUUGGCGAAAGGAGCCUACGGUAGUACCAACGUUCAGUCCAUGCAGGCCGAAUCUCUAUUCUUCCUCGCGCGGGUCUACCAUGUGCGAGGGGAAACCGACCACGCCCUCAAAUUUUACGAAAAGGCCUGUAAACUGGCGCCAGCCUUGACCCCGGCGCGGUUUGGAUUGGCACAAACAUUAAUUGUGAAGGAAGACUAUAGCGCAGCCAAGAAACAGCUGCAGCAAGUGUUGGCGACGGCGUCCAACGCGACGGACGCAUUGGCAUUGUUGGGAUUGCUGGAAGCACGGUCCGGCAAGCAAGUGGAGGAAGGGUUGAUGCAUUUGCGCAAAGCAACCGAACUUGAUCCCCUCAAUACCGAUUUGGUAGUGUUGGAAGCCAUGGCGUUACAAAAGUACGAAAAUAACAACGUCAAAUCCCUCGAGCGGUACAAGAAAGCGUUGCUGUUAAUGGAGCGAAAAACCACGAAAGUGUCGUACGAGAUCUACGCCAAUUGCGGUGUCCUAUGCCACGAACUGAAGAGGCACGACGAAGCGCUGGACAUGUACCGACGUGCGCUAGCUGUCUUGGACGAGGAUGGGUUUAAAGGAGCCGCCGUUUUUCAGCUAGCGGAUGGCCCUGAAAGAGGAAGAAUUCGACACGUGGACAACGCCAUGUUUAACGCAUUUGUCAAUUCCAAUCUCUUGGUGGAAGUGCUUGAUAGACACAGUAAAACCUUCGUCAAAGUACUGGAUGUACUCGAGGCGGACGUUGCGGGAAUAUUGUCGAAAGGGGAUCGAGUCUCCUUGGGAGACGGAUUUGAAACCAAGGUAGUGAGUUGGGAGAGCAGAGACGGUGCUAUUGUGCUCGAGCUGGCUGACGAAUACGAUCCAAUGGAUACUGACUCCAAGAAGGCGCCUCUCUUGGUUGUUCGCGAGAACAAUCUUCUCUCGAUACCAGAAGCAAUCACUGUUGCUUUCAAUAUAGCUCGGCUCCACGAAGCCACUGGGCGGACUGUCGCAGCGAUUGAGAUUCACAAAGCCAUUCUGAAGCGAAAUCCGGCCUAUGUCAAUAGCUAUUUACGUCUAGCAUGCAUUGCUGUGGACUGUGGAUCAUUGAAAGAAGGUUCAGAAUGGCUCAAGAUUGCGGCUAGUACUGCACCUGGUAAUCCUGAAGUCUUGACGCUGGUUGGAAAUCUUCAUCUUUCACUUUGCGAUUGGGCGCCAGCACAGUCCGUUUUUGAUGGCCUUCUUUCCAAGAAGAUCCCCAAUGUUGAUGCAUACGCUUCACUCAGUUUGGGUAACAUUUAUUUCGCAAACCUGCACGUGAACGAGGACAAACGGUACGAUAAGCAUUUACAGUAUGCAGCCGACUAUUAUCGCCGCAUCCUCGCCAAGGAUCCAGCCAACGCCUAUGCGGCCAACGGGAUUGGCACUGUGCUAGCGGAAAAAGCUGAAAUUUUUAAGGCCAAGGAAGUCUUCAAUCGCGUCCGUGAAGUCAGUGGAGACAGUAUUCCUGAUGCCCUGUUGAAUCUCGGCCACAUUUUUUUGGCUCAGAAGAAACAUCCGGAAGCUCUCCAAAUGUACACGAACUAUAUGAAGCGGACGGAAGACGGGACGACGCCUACUACGGCCAAGAGCAGGGUGGAUGACGUGGUCAGCGUGUUGCUGUAUAUAGCUUUUGCCUUUUUUGAUUGGGCCCGGCAUACCGAACUGGCCAAUGAUUCGAGUGCAGCGCCAGCUGACGGGAGAUAUAGAGAAGCUAUGCAGCAUUUGAAUCUGGCCAUUGGCAAAGGCAGCAAGCAAGAUCUCGUACUCAAAUACAAUCUCUGCAUGACCAAGCUGCAGGCAGCCAAUUGUGUUUUACAAAAACUGACACGUAAUAUCCCCCGAUCUGUCGAGGAAGUCGAGGAAGCCUUACGAGGACUGGAAGAAAGUUUUCAGAUUGUGGAACAGAUUGUCAAGGACAAGGCCGACGGAAAAAAGGUCAAUAUUUCCUCAACGACGUUGCAAGAUUUCGUGAAACACUGCAAGGCUAACAUUUUAAGUGCACAAUCUCAUUUAGAAGACGAACGAAAACGUGCCAAGGAGGCCGAAGUGGAGCGUGAAAUUCGCCGGCUGGCCGCUGAAGAGGCGACAAUCAAAGAGAGACUCAGAAUGGACCAGGCUGCAAUGGAUGCCCACAAGCUCCAAGAAGAAAAGGAUCAAAAGGCAGAGGCCAAAAUGAAACAGGUAGAAGAGCUGCAAUCUAAUUGGCGCGAAGAGAAGGAGACUAAGCAAUCAGAAAAGGAAAAGCGGGCUCGAGGCCGAAAGGAUGAAAUGACCGCGGACGAAGUCGGGCUUGUGGUGGAAGACGACAAUCACCAAGCAACCAAUGGUCACGGUUUGUUCGAUGAUUCCGACGAUGACAGCGAAAUAGUCGAUUCUCUACCGAACGAAACGAAGGGAAUUGGAGGUCUAGAAAAGUCGACCUCUUCAACUAAGGAUUUGUUUGGAGAUAGCGAUGACGACCAGAGUGGUAAUGACGAGGACAGGAAAGGGACCGUCAAGCCAGACGCUACCAAAGCUGCAAUCACGAGCAUGGAUUUGUUUGGAGAUAGCGAUGAAGACGACAUCGAGGUUGCGUACGGAGCGACCAAGCCCACAAGCGAGGAGAGCAAAAAAGAGCCGCCUGCAACAAGCAAUGACUUGUUUGGAGACACUGAUGAAGAUAGCGAUGCCGAACCGUCCACAAACAGUGCAAAGAGACCCAACGAAUCAGGGAUUGCGGAAUUGGAUGAUGAUGGACAACCCAACAAGAAAGCAAGGUUGUAAAGGGCAAAGUGACGCAAUAUUUUUAUACAUAAUUCGAUACUUUAAAAGAUGUUAAAAGGU